GUCACCAACACUAAGCUCAGUUCCAUUCUUUCUUUCAAGGUUGUCCAAGGAGAAAAAAACAAAAAAUCAAUUCCGCAGCAUAGCAGAAUAUACAUUUUACUACAGCUCAACAUCAUGGGACCUCCGACCUACGCUUUCAAUUGACGCCGAAACCCUCCUCAUCAAAAACAUUUUCACUUUACGAUCCGCGCAUUAUAUAACGGCCGAAGCAAAGUUGACACAAGCUCCGAUUUUAUUUCAGCUCAGAAUUACAGCCUAGUCAACAAAUAGACUGCUCCUGGGGAUCGAAAAACACUUUUUUUGCCAUGGCCCCUGCGAACCCUCAAGCUUCCUCAGCAGGCACAUCCUCGCUGAAGCGCAGCGCGCCAGGUUCAUCGCGUGCAGACGAUAGCAAAAGGGCAAAAUUUAUGGGCAACAAAGGCCAACAAGGGAAGGAUAUACAGCGGAAUAACAAACCCGGUGCCAAUGCCAGACCAAAUCAAAACUCCAACUUUAAGUCACGGAGACGAGCAAAAUCGCAAGAUGCCCGUGCUAUUGCUGCUCAAACAUCUGAUAAAGCUCUCAAUGGGAAUGGCGAAUUGGAUGUGGAUAGAUUUGUACGGGCGCGGGAGUUCGAAAUCCGCGCGCUCGAGGAUAGUAUGGGCCGCGCAAAGGGAGCCUUGACCACCCGAGCUUUCCAGCAAGUCCCACGAAAUCUAAGGAGGAGGACUGCAAGUCACAAUGUGAAGAGGGUGCCGAAGAGGUUAAGACGGAGGGCUGGGCGGGAAAUGGCAGAGGAUAAUACACCCACCGUGACAGCCCGGCGACGAGAGCUUACUCACCACAUGCGGCUGCGGCAAAAUAUCGCAAGCAGACUACAGAGACUUGGCGAGAAGGCAAAGGUUCAAAAGGAGGCAUCGCAAACACGAGAUGAUGAGCAGUCAUUGGAUCGCGCCAACACUGUGCGACUACAACUUCCCAAAAUCAAACGCAACACGCUGAAAGCGCCGCCCAAACCAGUUUCCAAAUACCGUAAACGGCAAAUUCAUAAGACCUGGCUACCUACACACAUAUUUCACACCAAACGCGCCCAUUUAACGGAACCAAGAUACCCGCUCUGGAGGUUCGCAAUUCCGCUGAGACCGUCUGAGAAGAGUUAUCGUCCGACUCAUCGAGCUAGCACUGCUCGAGGCGCAGUGGCAUGGGACAUGAGUUACAUGUCCACGAUUGGGCUCGAGGGAACCGAAACGAGCCUUGAGGGCAUGCUCAAGAAGCUUGGCGUGGGACAAACAGCAGAAAGUCACGGCUUGUGGGAGAAAAAGGGGAUCAAAUGGCGUAAUGGUUCCAGGACCUGGGAAGGCUGGGUCUAUAAAAGCAAUGCCUGUCCCUGCGACGCGAUUGCGUCGGUGACAAUCAUGUGGUGCGCUAGAAACCCCACCAGUGAAAUGGCCACAGAAAGGUCUUCAAAGUCGCCUUUGAAGAGAAGAAUCUUCAUCAGAGUACAGCCUUCGGCAUUUCUGCAACUAUGGGACGAGCUUGUCGCAAUAGCCAAGACGCAACGGCCGCAAAUCUCCGUCGAGGAUCUGCGCUUCGAGAUUGGCAGUAUUGAGAUCACAGGUCCUGCCUCCACGGAGGCGCUUCUUGGGACGCUCAAGCCUUCUCAGGCUCAAGAAGGAGGAGCAUACACGUCUGGUAGCCCUGAACACACAUGGCUCGCCUUGAAUGGCCUGACAAAUCCCGCCGCCCUCCCAUCUUGUGUUCUCCUCGGCUUCAACAUCUCCGAUCCCCGCCUGCACCAUCCUCCACGAACCGUCUCCAAGCCAGGAUCAGAAUGUACCGCAGAUUAUGAGCUCCUGCGCAUAAUGGCAUCUUGGCCGCCGGACAAUUCCCAGGCUUCGCCCACACUUUUCGAUCGCACCGCUCGUCUCACAGCAUCACGCCAACUUCCCAGCCAGAAAGCGAUCAAUAGACGAAAAGCUCUUGCUCUGCCGGGACAAUACCCGGAGGCCCUUCCAAAGGAUCCUCGUAUACCUAUUAUCAUUUACCCUUCGCGCAACAGAUCUUCCGUGCAAAGCACAUGGACUGUCCUGUUGCCCUGGAAAUGCGUUCUGCCCGUAUGGUACUCGCUCAUGUACUACCCUUUAUCAUCAGGUGGAAAUGUCAGAUUCGGCGGCCUCAAUGAAUUACGACAAGUGGCUUUUGAAUCUUCCAGUCCCUGGUUUCCCGGAGAUUACCCCGGCACUCGCGCAGGUUGGGAAUGGGAGCUGCAAGAACGAGCAAAACGAAAGGACGACUGGACGCGCCGGCCCAAAGGGAAGAGAAUUGAAUGGACCAGCUUGGAUCUGGGCCAAGGCCGAAAAGGAGAAAUCGGCGAUGGAUGGGCUUGCGAUUGGGAAGUCCUGUUCAAUGCCAAAUUCAACUCCGAUUCAAAGGAGCAGAAGACUACUUCUUCUUCUUCUGACGAAAAGCCCGCACAUUCACUGGCCAAGUCUUCUUCAAACGACAUUCUUUCAAAGCGGACGCAGCUUCCUCAGGCACUGCAUGAUCUCGGAGUGGACACUGCUUCCCGCGAUGAUUCUUCUUUUCUCAGAGCCGCGCUUUGCACCGUCAGAAUCAAUCUCUUGGCCCGCGGUGUCCCGACGUCUUGCGCACGCAUCUAUCGUCUACCCUCGAAUAACCCUGCGUUGCGCGCGAAAUGGCUCUCUCUCGACCCGUCUAACCCUUCAGCGCGUAGUCGCAGAAAGCAGAAUAAAGGCCCUAAACCAACUGAAAAAGAUAAUACAUCGCAUUCAUCUCAUAUACUCCGCCGGCAAGAGCUUGCCGCGUCGCUUCUCAACGGCGUCCCUUCUGCACAACAGCGAAGAAGUGGCAGCGAGUUUGUCCCCCAGGCCGGCGACGCUGACUAUCCUGUUGUUCCUGACGCAGAGGAUCUCAUCGGGUUUGUGACGACGGGAAAUUUCAACCUCGGACAAGGCCGCGCAACGUCCAUUGGAUGUCUUUCUCUUGGAAAUCUUCUUGAUGGUUCUCAGCAUGGUGGCCCACCUGGAAGUGCGCCAGGGACGCUAUGUAUCGUUCGUGAAGCAGGACAUGGUAUUGGCCGUUUAGCCCGGUGGGAAUUAAUUUGA